UCAUGUGUGCCAAGUUGGUCUUGAAUUCCCUAUUUAGCCAAGGAUGAUUGUGAACUUCUGAUCUUGCCUCCACUUCCCCCAAACGCUGGAAUUAAAGGCCUGAGCUACUCUGCUUGUUUUUAUGCAGUGUUAAGUAUUGAAGCCAGCAUAUUGUGCAUGGUAAGUGAGCCAUCCACCAACUGAGCUACAGACUCAGUACAGGUUUUGAGGACAGAAAUGUCCUGGAAUUAAAUCUGCAUAUUUACGGCACUGAGUUACAGGCCACUGUGAACUACAAAGUCCGACCCUGUUUCAAAACCUAUCAACUAACCAACUUGGGACUAAAUUUUGGGGAUGAGUGUUCAACACUGUCGGUGUACUAAGUGUCACAAAUGGUCAUUUGUAUGUGUACUUCUCAAAACCUAAAAACGAAAUGAAAAUAAAAGUCUCUGGAAAGGGGCAUACGAACUGUCUCCCACUGGAGUUCUUGGGAAUUCAACCCUGGUCCGAGCCCAGGAUUCUGAACCCUAAAAAGUUCAGAUUCUCCAGGCUGGAGAGAUCACACGGUGGCUAAGAACGCACUGGCUCUAAGCCAGAGGACCUAGGUUCAAUUCUCAACACCUACAUGUAACUCCAUCUGUAAAUCUAGUUCCAGGAGAUCAAACACCCUCCUCUGGCCUUCGCGGGCGCCAGGUAUGACAAAAUAUCCAUAUACAUUUAAAAAAGAGAGAGGGAGAGAGCGAGGGGGAGAGUUGGGAUUCUUUAGUCCAAGGGUAGCUCACCCCCAGUUAGGUCCAGCCAACGGAACACAAGCCACGCCCAUUUCCGCCCUCGACAAAGUCCCACUCCAGCCGCUCUGAGAUCCCGGCUCGGCUUCCACAGCCACAACCCAAGGCCCCGCCCCCUUUGCCUGUCCGUCAAACUCAUUCUGGUCCCGCCCCAUGCCUGUACUCCACGCCGCCCUCGGUUCGGCCCGUUGUUAUGACGACAUGGUCGUAAAUCCGCCAUCUUCCUGCGGCGCGUUGCGACAUGGAGGGCGCGAUGGCAGUGCGGGUGACGGCCGCUCAUACGGCAGAAGCCCGGGCCGAAGCCGGGCGUGAAGCGGGCGAGGGCGGGGUUGCGGCGGCGGCGGCGGCCUUGUCCUCCGGCGGCUUUCUUGGCCUCCCAGCGCCCUUCAGCGAGGAAGAUGAGGAUGACGUGCACAGAUGCGGCCGCUGCCAGGUGGAGUUCACUGCCUUGGAGGACUUUGUCCAGCACAAGAUUCAGAAGACCUGCCACCGGACCCCUCAAGAGGCCCUGCCUACCACCCCUCCUGCCACUGCACUGCUGGGCCAGGAGGUGGUGCCAACUGCAGCGGAGGGAGGUCCAGAGGAGCCCAUAACUGUGGCCCACAUCGUGGUGGAGGCCACCUCUCUGGCAGCAGACAUCAGCCAUGCUCCUGACCUUGUUGGAAGUGGGCACAUCAAAGAGGUCAUUGUGGCUGCCGAGGCAGAGCCAGGGGAUGGCGAGAUGGCAGAGGUUCCAGGCAGUCCUAACCAUCAGGAACUUGGGCUUAUUGGGGAGGGCGAGCAGGCCCAAGUCAAGCUGCUGGUGAACAAGGAAGGCCGCUACGUGUGCAUGCUAUGUCACAAGACCUUCAAAACGGGCAGCAUCCUCAAGGCCCACAUGGUAACGCACAGCAGCCGCAAGGACCAUGAGUGCAAGCUCUGUGGUGCUUCCUUUCGGACCAAGGGCUCGCUUAUCCGGCACCACAGGCGGCACACUGAUGAGCGCCCUUAUAAGUGUGCCAAGUGUGGGAAGAGCUUCAGGGAGUCAGGCGCGCUAACUAGGCACCUGAAGUCUCUUACUCCAUGUACAGAGAAGAUCCGCUUCAGCAUGAGCAAGGACACAGUUGUGGGCAAAGAAGAAGUGCCUGCAGGGUCCAGUGCCUCCACUGUGGGGACAGUUACAUCAUCAGUGACAGGAGACCCCAUGGAGUCAUCACCUGUGAUUCACCUGGUGACAGAUGCCAAGGGCACUGUCAUCCAUGAAGUCCAUGUUCAGAUGCAGGAGCUUCCACUAGGCAUGAAGGCCCUUGCUCCUGAGCCCCCAGACCCUGAGGAGCUCCCCUGUUCCAGCGAGAACAGCCGUGAGAAUCUGCUUCAUCAGGCCAUGCAGAAUUCUGGCAUCGUCCUCGAGCGGGUUGCUGGGGAGGAGAGUACUCUGGAGCCAGCCCCUCCCUCUGAGUCCAGUCCCCAGUCCCUGGGAGAGGGACCCCCGGAACUGCCACUGCUGGAGGUGGAGCAGAUAGAGACACAGGUGGCCAGUGAAGCUUCAAAGGUGCCUAGGACCCACCCAUGCCCUCAGUGCAGUGAGACUUUCCCAACAGCAGCCACCUUGGAGGCCCACAAGAGAGGUCAUAUAGGGCCGAGGCCAUUCACCUGCACACAGUGUGGCAAGGCCUUCCCCAAAGCCUACCUACUCAAGAAGCACCAGGAGGUGCACGUGCACGAGCGCCGCUUCCGCUGUGGAGACUGUGGGAAGCUUUAUAAGACCAUCGCUCAUGUGCGGGGCCACCGACGUGUCCACUCAGACGAGAGGCCUUUCCCUUGUCCCCAGUGUGGCAAGCGUUACAAAACCAAGAAUGCCCAGCAGGUGCACUUCCGGACACACCUAGAAGAGAAGCCCCACGUGUGCCAGUUCUGCAGCCGAGGCUUCCGGGAGAAGGGCUCACUGGUGCGGCAUGUGAGGCACCACACAGGCGAGAAGCCUUUCAAAUGCUACAAGUGUGGCCGUGGCUUCGCAGAGCACGGCACACUCAACCGGCACCUGCGCACCAAAGGGGGUUGCCUGCUGGAAGUGGAGGAGUUGCUGGUAUCUGAGGAGAGCCCCUCUGCGGCUGCCACUGUGCUGGCAGAAGACCCCCACACCGUGCUGGUGGAGUUCUCCUCGGUGGUGGCUGACACCCAGGAGUACAUUAUCGAGGCUACUGCAGAUGACACAGAGACCAGUGAAGCCACUGAGAUCAUCGAAGGCACCCAGACAGAGGUGGACAGUCACAUCAUGAAGGUGGUACAGCAGAUUGUGCACCAGGCUGGUGCUGGGCACCAGAUCAUCGUGCAGAAUGUGACCAUGGACCAGGAGGCAGCACUGGGCUCAGAGGCAGCUGCUGCUGACACAAUCACCAUUGCCACUCCCGAGAGUCUCACUGAACAAGUGGCCAUGACACUGGCUUCAGCAAUCAGUGAGGGCACUGUGCUUACAGCCCGUGCAGGUCCAAACAGUACUGAACAGGCCACUGUGACAAUGGUGUCAUCAGAGGACAUAGAGAUCCUGGAGCAUGGAGGAGAGCUGGUCAUUGCUUCACCAGAGGGUCAACUUGAGGUGCAGACUGUCAUCGUGUAGCUUGAAAGCCUCUGCUGUGGUGGAGUGAGGACCCCGAGUGCCUGCCCACACCUGCCCGCUCAGAAGACUGAAGUUCAGGCCCAGAGGAGCUGAGAGACUGUGGAUAUGCAGAGUUUUUGUUUGUUUUUUUGCUUUACAAUAAAACAUGAAAAUCUGCA